AUGGCAACAUCUACUGAAAAAAAGCAAUCGCCAAAAAAUGGUCUCGCUCUUGUUUGGCUUGAUGAUAAUUCUGGACAAGAUCCUGAAAUAAAAACUAUAUUUCUUUCACUUUUUGAACAAGUAUUUUUCUUUACCGAUCCAACAGCAUGUCUUGAAUUAAUUGAAUCAGCUGAACCUGAACCACCAUGUAUAUCAAUUCUUAUUUCAGGUAAAUAUGGUCACAUGCUUGUUCCAACUCGUCUUCAACCAUUAAAUCAAGUUAAAGAUAUUUAUGUUUAUUGUAUGGAUAUUGUUAGACAUAAUCAAUGGGCACAGCAAUGUGAUAAAGUUCAAUGUGUAGAUUCAGAUUUUCCUAAGAUACUUAAACAUAUACAAAAUGAUAUAUUAAAACUUACGAAACAAAAUCCACAACCAAUGGAAGUUCAAAAUGAACAAGAACAAGAACAACAGGAAUAUAUUCCAAAGCCAUUAGAACGUUUUAAAGAUGAUAAUAAUAUAUAUGAUCAACUUGCACUUAAUCUUUUACUUCAAAAUUCAGAUGAUAAUAAUGAUGGAGUUGAAGAUUUUGAAAAUUAUUGUCUAAUACAUGAAGAAGAAAAUGAUAAAUUAAAAAAUUUUAAACCAGAUUUAUCUAUUAAAGAAUGGUAUAAACGAGAUUUAUCUACUAUUCAUUUAAAUUCAACUGAUAUAAUUCAAUUAUGGACACUUCGUUGGUUUAUAAGAUCAUUCUAUCGACAAAUAACUGAUGAAUGUAAUCGUUUUAUAAAAGAUACACCGAAAUUUACUGCUAAUUAUGGUACAUGGUUAACAACGGAUGAACUCGACGGAAUGAAACAUCGUAUCGGUGAUAUUAUUAUUUUUACUGAAUUUCUUAUAACACAUGCUCAUAGAGAUGCAGCAUUGAAUUCAAUAGUUGAUAAGAAGGAUGAAAAAACAAAAUAUAAAGUUAUAUUUGAAAUAAAUGUUGAUGCGGAAACAUCUCAUAUUGUUCCUUAUUGUGAAAUCGAAACUGAUCAAGUAUUAUUUUGGUUUGGAUCACGAUAUCGAAUUAUGAAAAUUGAAUUUAUUGAACAAGAAGAUCCAUAUUGGUUAAUUGGUAUGAAUAUAUGUUCCACACUUAAUAAAAAUCAAUCUAUUCAAAAUCUAUAUGAAUAUUAUUUGAAUGAUUUAAAUAAAUUAAAUAGUAUUCAUCAUGGAUUUGGUCGAAUUUUAAUGUAUAAAAGUUUAUAUUAUCAAGCAGAAAAAUGGUUUGAAAAUACGAAUCAUUAUGAAGAAUUAGCUGAAUUAGCUAUACGUCAAAAUCAUUGUGAACAAGCAAAUCAAUAUCUUGAAAAAUUACCUGAAGAUUCUCAUGAUGCUAAUUUAUUACGUGCGUAUGUUAAUAUAUUAACAUCAAAUGAUAAUAUUACAAAAGGACGCACAAUAUUAAUGAAAAUAAUAUCAGAUGCAACUGAUAAAAUUGUACGUGCACGAGCAAAUAUUGCUCUUGGUUUUAUUAGUUUAACUGUUACACAACAAAUUGAUCAAGCAUUAGAACAUUUUACAUUAGGAAAUGAUACAUUAUGUAAAAAUUUACCAGAUAUUCAUCCUGAUAUUGCAAAAUCAUUUAUUGGUAUUGGUUAUACAUAUUUUGUUAAACAUGAUAUAAAUCAAGCGGAAAAAUCUUUUCAAACAGCUUUCGAUAUACAAAAACAAUGUUUACCAUAUAAACAUUAUGAUUUUGCUAGGACUCGAAAUGGUCUUGGUCAUUGUUUAGCAAUUCAAAAACAAACAAUGAAACAAGCAUUACUAGAAUUUGGACAUGCAGUCAAUAUUUUAAUUCGUACAUUUCGUAAAGAAUAUAAAAAACAUCCAGAAGUAUUAUUAACUCGAAUUGAUAUUGAACGAGUACAAAAAGGAAAGGAAUUAGGAGCACGAAAUACAAUAUUAGAUUAUAUUUAA